CUGUAACCUAUCAUACUAUAAAAAUUUUGUACUGUCUGCUUAGGCAGGGCUUAUCGCUGAUACUAAAGCUUCUUAUCUGCGAAUCGGCGGCUUUCUGUGCCAGGCUUUGCAGUGGACAUGGGAAGCGAUCAGUAUACUGUUAAGGCUGCACCAAUAAAUGGCAACGUAGCCUUUGUCACGCGAACAGGCGAUGACGCCCCCAACGCUUCCAAGCGGGGUCAAUUUGUUCCAGGAUACUCUCCGCAGAAAGAGGUCCUGACGUUGGAUCAGCCGUGCACGCUUAAAGGCUUAUCUGGUGGGCUGGCAGCCGGCCUUAUGGGCUACGUGUUCGGCUUCCUCCCCGGCAUUCUCCGACAUCCCAACCUGCAAUCGCUGUCGCUCUGGCAUUCCGAGGGACUGGCAAGCGCCCAGGGGUUCGCUGUCAUGAGUGGCAUUUACGCCACUGCACAAUGCGUGUGCGAGCGUCUUCGCCAAAAGGACGAUGGCAUCAACCGCAUCGUAGCCGGAGCUGCUUCAGGUGUGGCAAUGGCAUGGGGCUCAGGUCUGGUCGGCGCGCUGCAGUCGGGCGUGUUGCUAGCAGUCGUCUCAUGGGUGUUUGACUACGGGCUCGGAGGCGGUGGCUCCGGAGCGGCCAAGGCAGCUUGCGUGGGCGGAGGAAGAGGAGGCUGUGCUUCUGGAGCUUGCAGCGUCAACCUAGGCCGAGUGGUAAGCUGCAGCUAUGGGACCCCAGCCGCCGAGGAACAGCAAGAGCAGCACCAACAGCGGCAAGGGCGGCGAAGCAAGGGGGUUCACUUGCAGUUUGGAGGUGCAAUGCGGGGACUCCCAGACCCCAUGCAGGUGCUUCGGACGCCGGUGGUGGUGUGGAUGGGCCCCAUUGUGAAUCGCGCCUACUUCUCGCCGCAAUCCCUGUCGCUGCAAGCCUAACACAUGCUUGGAUCCCCAAGCAAGCAGUGCGGCACUGUGCGGCUCUCUUUCGUGAGGAUGCGAGCAGGGGCAGCUUUUUUGAACCCCGGCAUGACGCACGCCCCUUGGCGCGUUCUGCGGCGCGGACGGCGCGCCUAGCAAGAGUCCCUUUAAGCGCUGCAUGUUCGCCCUCCUUCCACGACAUGUUUCUUCCUGUUGGGCCUCUGCCCGGUUGUUUAGUUGGUGGUAGUGUUGUCAGCAGGAGCAGCAGGAGCUUCAUAACAUGCGCUAGCUUGUUGUAGUGUACAUUAACAGUAUGCAGCUAUUCUUUAAUCUACUGCACCGCAGUAUGGCAGGAGGUAUGAGCUAGGUGAUUCCGGGCAUUGUCGCUGGCCCACGGCAUUCAGGUUUAUGGGCACGGGAGGACUUCUGAGGAUAUAGGAUUGCGCCAACGCGAGGUUGCGGGCGACGGCUUAUUUUCCAAAAGCGCUUAACGUGUGUACAAUUGUUUUGCAGGCUACGUGGGCAGUCGUACAGGGCACACCUGCAGUUUAACGUGCAAAGGUGUACUCCUUGCUGUGUUGUGUUUCUGCUUGGCGCUUGCUCUUAUUAAUUCUUGGCGCUUUGGGCUGCUCCAUAUGCUGUCCCGAUGGUCACAGGACAGCAAGGUUGUUUAGGCGGCCGCGGCCUGGGAAGAAUAAUGAAAGCUUAGCUAUUUGUUGUCCGGCAUUGCUGGUGUGAAGGUUCGAAGAGUUGGCGGGUGUUGCUUGGUGAGGGCUCUAUCUCCAGCUUGGUGGCAGGUGAGGGUGUUUUGGGUGCAUGCAGUGAGCUGGCUGGCGAGAGGUGUUUGCACAGGGGCAUUCCCUGCUGCACACAUGCUCGCGGGGGGUGACCUAUGGGUCAUCCCGACGGUUCUGGUCAGCCUUUACAUUGGCUGGCAGCAUGAGCGCAGCAUCCCUGGCCAUGAUAACCUUGCGCUAGAUGCUAGUCAUGUCGUGUUGGCGGAAUAAUGGCAACGUGAUGGGGCUAGCAGACCGGGCAGUACAUAUUACCUGGUUCACUGAUAUGCAUGUUGCGAGACUAACGUACUGGACGUCUGCGAUGCAAGUUUUCGGCGAUCUUGGGCCCCUUUUUGGUCCCUUGGUUCAAGGUUGCAGUACCAUGCGUCUCUCUUUCCUUAAGC